AUGUCUAGCGACGCAGGGCCUUCGCAACAGCCGCCCCCACGCCCGCUAUUUGGCACUAUCCCAGGCUUGCUUGACCCUUCUCAGCCAGAUCGUCUUCUCCGUGUUCCAGACGCCACACUGUCCUUCGCCUCGUUUCACCCGCUUGCCGCAUCACGAGCAGACAACAUAUCAAACAGACGCAAGCCUUUUUCUUAUGACGAACUGUCUCCUCCAAAGCGUAUUGUGAUAGAAACAAUCCCCGGGCCAAAUGGCGGGAACUUAUGGCGGUUUGUUCCUCGUGCGCGAUUGGAGCAUGGCGUGGAGAGUGAAGGUUCGUGGCCAAGAACCAUAGAAAUUUGCGGUGGAUUGUUUGUCUGCUCCCAGGAUCAGUGGGAUAUCUACAAACUGGAUCCAGAAUAUGACUGUUUUGUCAGGGCAUCUCCGCAUAUUACGGCUGUGUCUAGAAAGAAGGGCAAGGAACGAGUUGAUUCCCGAGACGUUCCACAUAUGUGGACAGGUGCGACAUAUAACACUCCCCUCAGGACCAAACGUCGGCUUCCUUCACCGACCUCAGAUGAGAGGCCAAGUGAGGAAGUCCGCAAGAGGUUUCGGUCAGCUGUAAACAUCUCUGAUGCUGAUACUGUGAAGGGUGGGAGUGCGCCCCAUCACAUGUCUCCUUCUGAUGAAGAGGAUGAAGUAGAAGAGAUUAUAGCUGAUGACCCGAGACUUUCACGUCAUUCAAGACACCCGCCAUACUACUCUGGCAAACCCCCAAAUAAAACAAGGUCUACCGGAAGCGGUAGAGGUUUUCGCCAGGCGGAGGAAAAUCGUAGGAGAAAGAGAGACAUGUUCGCCACGAAUAUCAGCACAUCGAUGGGCACUUCUACGGAAGACGCGGAAAUGAUUGAUCUCACGACAGGGUCUGACGAGUCCUCCCAGCCUGGUUCAUCUAUUCCCCCAAAUGCAGCUAAACGAAAGGUACCGCCAGUAUUUGAUCCAAACUCAGAGAGUGGUAGUGCCAGUCAUCCAAUAGAUAUUACCACAGAACCGUCAGGGCCGUCCUAUAAACGAGCUCGCACCGAGUCACCAAUGUCUAUACGACGUGCCAUGCAGGAGAAACUGCGAGGCCGGGAAAGACAGCGGAUGUCUCAAUAUCGAGACCGCGCAAAUGGAUGGAAUCGGAAGUGGCACGAAACCUUUAUGAACGACAUCUUCUCUGGGAUACCCGAGGAAAGUAGCAUACCUUUCCAAGAAGAUGGCGGAAGUGCAAAACCAGACGACCAUACCCAGCAGACAGACGAGAACGGUGAAGAUGCCAUGCACCGCGCCUUAAUCGAGGAAUCGCAGAGAAAGAUGGCUGAACUUCAGCGGGAUAAGCCACUGUGGGAGGAGGCGGCAAAAAAGCGGAAAGAACAGGAGAUCGCUGAAGAAAGGGCUAGGCAAGCAAAGAGGGAACAAGAGAGAAGAACAGCAGCAGCUGAAGCAGAGGCAAGAGCACGGCAACGACAAGCAGAGGCACGUGCAGAGGCGGAGCGGCUGGCGCAAGAGGAAAGAGCCAGGGUAGAGCGAGAACAAAUAAGGCGUCAGUGGCGGCAGCAGCAAGCUCGCUGGUCCCAGGGAUCGUGGACGACCCAACGCGCGCUUGAGCGAUACAAGUUGCUUUGCGAGACUUUCGACACUACGAAAUUCACAUCGUCCGAUCCGAUCACUUUUGAUAUUGUCCCUUGGCCUGUUUUGCACUCACCGUCCAUCCUGACUGUGGAAGACGUCGACUGGACGGCCGUCGAGUCUUUCUUCCAUACCGUAAAACCACACAUGCGCAGCCAGGACUACAAGAUGUUCGUGGAGAAGAGCCACAAGCGGUUUCAUCCCGACAGAUGGAGAGCCAGGGGGCUCUUGAAGAGCGUAGAAGAUGACGAGUUGCGUGGUUGUCUAGAGGUUGCAGCGAACACUGUGGCUCAGGCACUCACUCCUUUGUGGAGAGAGGUCAGAGGGGGGUGA